ACACAACAAGGGAGUACAUGGAAUACAGACUUCAGAAUGUACCAGAUGAUGCAAUUGACCUAUCAAACUUCAACGUAGAGGUCAGUCAUGAGUACACCACACAGACGGAUGCUACAAGCUGUGGUGUUUGCAUAUGCAUAUAUGCGUGGAACGAAUGCAGCAAGGACAAGAAGUGUGACCCGAGCAGUUGCCGUUCUUUCAUAGCCAAAGAAAUUUUGAAUGCAGUGAAGGAUGUGGAACCAAAGAAUACAACAAAGGAAAUACGAAGCAAAUACGGACUGCGGGAGCAAGUUCCAGUGAAGAGAUUUUCGGAUUCGUGGUGUGCUGACCAACCUCUGCCAUUGAAACGAAUACGAAGACCUGAAUAUGCGGCAUUGAAGAUCCAAACACAGAAACCGAAUCCUGAGGUGCAGCUUAAAAGCACAAAAUGUGUCGAAAAGACGACAGUGACAAGAAAAGCCAUGCCGGUUCCUGCAGUAGACAUGAAGGAAUAUGGUGACCAACAAGUGAACAUACUUGCUGAUGAUCUCGAGGAGCUGAGGACUGUGGAACGAUCAGAAUUCCGAAAUGUGUUGGAAAAGAUAAUUGAUGAAGAUGUACCCAGGCUGUACCGGUACCCAACAAAUGAUACAGAAGAAGUACCUGAAGAGUUCAGGAGACAUGUGCUUUAUUUUCAACGAAAGAAGCUGGAGAGGAGCAGGGCCAUGUCCCACCUCAAUGCUGUUGGAUAUGCCAUACUGAUGCAGUCCAUGGAGACACAUUUGGUGACGAGGACAAGAGGUCCAAGACUUUAUGACAUCACAAAAAGAAAUCUGAUACUACCCGAUGUUGUACUACAAUUUGGACGUCCAAGGAACGACUAUUUCCUCAAAGUGGUGGAAGAUUUCAUUUUCUACCAUGCCAGAAAGCAUUUCGAAACAAGGCACACAGAUUCAUGACAGAUUGGAUAUGCGCUUAUUUAAGAGAAAGCGUUAUGAGUACAUAAGAGUAUAUCUAUUACAAAAAAUGAGGACCGGGUUGAUAUAAGAGUGAGUGAAAGGUUGAUACUGGAGUGAAUGAGUGAGUGACAUUAAGAAGAUAUGUUGUUUGAAUAUUGAAUAUUUGAUGUUUGUGCUUAGUGGAAGGCCAUAGAAAACUUGUUUAAUAGAAAUUAGCGUAAAGCAAUUGACAAAUUAUCCACUUAUUACAAGGCUGGAUAAGUGAAAGAGAGCUAAAUAUUCCAAUGAACAAAUACGCGAAAUUGCAGCAAAUUAAGAACAUGUAGUGUGCAAUUCAUGGGACUAAAUUAACUAUAAAAGUCGUGUUUGAACCCUAUUUACUACUAGAUUGUAAUCAAUACAUUAUAAAUAUGGGAACACUGCCCACUUCCUGGAAUGUACAAGCAAAACAACCGAAACUAAACAACACAUUAAAACACAAAUGUUAUUUCAGAAAGUGGUCAUAUGUAACAAGUGUCAUAUUUGGGACAACACUUUCUUAGUAAAGUACAAAUUCUCGCACUUUGUUUGGUUGAGUCCCUAUCUAAUUACCCACUCAGCCACCGAGGCUUACGCAAAAAUGGAAGUACGACUACUGGUAGUCUAGAUCACGUACUUUGUGUACCGUUCUGACAAGUGUAAAUUGGCACAGCUCCCAUGGCCGAAAGCUAUGAACUUUACUAAGAAAGUGUCAUCCAAAAUAUAACAUUUGUUACAUAUGACCACUUUCUAAAAUGACAUUUGUGUGUUCAUAAACUUAGCACUUUUGUCUCCAAAAUUACUAUAAAGAAUAAGAAGGCCUCACUGCACACUUUGGAUAGCAGAAAUACCAACCUGAAUAUAAAUACAAUACAAAGAACUAUAUAUUGCACCUUACGGUUUAUUAAGCAGCAGCAGCUGUGACAAGUUUAUAACAAUGUCAUUCAAAGAAUAGAACUUACACAAAAGGCAUCCGGUGAGUUAUCACUGUUGGGGACAAGAGAUCUACUCACGCACCCAGUGGCAAACUGGGCAUCAUUGAGCUGAGUACUCAAGCAGUCCAGACAGACACAACCCAUGCACUGUGUCAAAGGCCGACAAACUUAUUCUCAGAUCUGACGUUUACAGAACACCCCUAAUACAUGAAUCACUUCACUUAAAGUCAAAGGCUCUUCACUUAGUUUACUCUUUUCCAUAUUUUCAAUUUUGUAGAUAUAUGUUUGUACAUCUAGUCUAAUACCACCAUUAGCCAUCAAAUGUAUAUAAAGUUCAGUUCAGUGUCGUCUGAAGGAACUUCCAUACGUAUGUGUAAUGGACAGAAGUGACAGUCGCUAGGGCAACGUGAA